AUGUCGAAAGCAUCGGACAGCCCUGUCAAGGACGCAAAGCGAAAGUCCAAGUCCUCGGACGCCUCUGCCUCGCCCAAGAAGUCCAAAAAGGCCGCCUCUUCUUCGUCUUCUUCCGACCCCACAGCUUCAACGUCGAAAUCCAAAUCAAAGAGCAAGGCCGGUGCAGGACAGGCGACACUCAAAGUGAAUGGAUCCAAGUCCGGCUUCAAGCAGCUCAGCAACUCGGGCGCCGCUUUUGCCUCGUUUGCCGACUACAACCCUGCACCCUCCACCAAAUUCAGCCUGUACCGCGCCGACGGUCUUCCAGAUGAGACGGGCGCAUCGUCCAACGAUACAGAUGAGAGACUCUUGCUCGCAGGCGAGACCGACACCAUGGCGUAUGUCGGCAACAACUUUGAAUUCGGUAGCAGCUCCGAAGCGCGAGGCUACUCGGGCGAGUACAUGGUGGGCAUCUACGACCCUUCGAGCAGCUCGGUGACGCUGCGUGCCGUGCCCACAUUCCAAGUGGUCAGGUCGAUCAAGGCCAACAGCUCGCUCUCGUCCAUCUCGAGCACACGCACGUUUGCCGACUAUGGCGCCAUGACCGCCGCACGCAGAGCACUAGGCGACGCCUUCGGUAACCGCAAGCAGAAGGCAAACGCCCGAAACCAGGACCGUAUGAAGGUCGACACGGCCAACAUGGAGGUCAUCCUCGACGAUUUCACGGGCGGCAUCCAGGAAAACCUUGCCUCGCUGCCGUCUUUGGAUGAAGUGCUGGCCUUGUCCACUUCGUCGCGCCCCAUGCCUCCGGCCAACCUCGACGCCAAGCACCCUGCCGAAGCAUACCGCAUCUCGGACCUCAUCCCCACGGAAAUCUUUACCUCGCUGCCGAUACAGAAGCUCAUUGACAGCGUCGGCGAUCAGGAGGCACUCAAGGAGCUCCUCCCUUACUCGAAAGACUUCCCCGCGUGGAUCUGGUCGCGGUUGGUGGACAACUUGCAGCGCAGCUCGCACCUUUCUGGUGGCAGCAGCAGCAAGAAGCACACCACCUUUGACGAUGACGAUGACGAUGCCACUGCUGCUUCCAACGCCGACGAUGACGAUGUAAUGAUGAUGCCCGCUCUGGGCGCCACCGAGGACAAGGAGGAUGCCAAGAACAAGGUGCGCAUCGCCUACUACAUGUCGUUGCUGUGGUACAUCCAGAGCCGACCCAAGUCGGUCGGGCAGCGCGGCAAGCUGAUCAGCAGCCUCAAACUCGACGGCGAGGACGCGAACAAGCGGAUCGUCAAGGUGAUUCUGGGCACGUUUGCAGAGACGCCGGCCAACUCGGAGCGUGCGGUCAUGUCGGCGUUCCACCAGACCAAGGUGCUUGCGUACAUGUGUGCGCUCGCGCUGCACCUGGACAAUUUCUCGGUGGACCAUGACAAGCUGGCUCGCAACUGCAACAUUCCGCCUGCGACGUUGCGCGAGCUUUUCAGGACGCUCGGCUGCACCUCGGCCGUGGUGGGCGGCGAGAAGAGGAUGGUGCUCAAGACGCCCUUUACGCUGCCUCAGCCUAGGAAGGGCAAGGCAGGUGGACGCAAGUGA